AUGGGAGAAGAUGGAGGAAUAUGGCUCGAAAUUGCAAGGGUUUCAGGGAUGAGAGAUGAUGAUUGCACUCUGGAUGUGUAUUUAUGGAAAGAGAGGAAGAAGAUGGAAGCAUGGGUGGCUUUAGCAUAUUUUCAGCAGCUUGACGAAAGCUUCAUCAAGCAUCUGGGUGAUUUGACAGAAGAGAAAAUGGGAAGCAAUGGAAGAACAAGGCUUGAAAGGGUUCCAGAGAUGAGAGAUGAUGUUUGCUCUCUUUGGAUGUGGGUUUUGAAAGAGAGAAAUGAGGAAGAUGGAAGAAUAAAGCAUGAAAUUGAAGGGUUCCAUAGGGGAUGCUUGUCUUCGAUGAAUUCUCAUGGUUGCUGGGAGGCUUGGAGCAACUAA